UUCCCAGCAAGCAUUACACAACACUGCACUGACUUCUAAGGCAAAAAUUCAUAUUUUUUAUAAAUAUGUUGCGUCAAACGCUUCGUCAUGCGCCCGCCACCCAUUGGUGUCGGCAAAUGUCCGUGGUGGCCAAGUCCUUGAAAUAUACCCAACACGGAGAGCCCCAAGAUGUCCUGCAGCUUGUCGAGGACAAGCUGGCCGAUCCCAAGGAUAAGCAAGUGCUGGUGAGGAUUUUGGCGGCUCCCAUCAAUCCCGCGGACAUUAAUACCAUUCAAGGCAAAUAUCCCGUCAAGCCAAAAUUUCCAGCCGUGGCCGGCAAUGAGUGCGUAGGCGAGGUCAUCUGUGUCGGUGAGAAUGUCAAGGGCCUGCAGGCGGGGGAACACGUUAUCCUGCUGGCCACCGGUCUGGGGACCUGGACAACGCAUGGCAUUUACAAUCAGGAUCAGCUUAUGACCGUGCCCAAAAAAGUCGGCUUGGCAGAGGCGGCCACCGUCACUGUCAAUCCGUGCACUGCCUAUCGCAUGCUAAAGGACUUUGUAAAACUGUCGCCGGGCGACACGGUCAUACAGAACGGAGCCAACAGCGCUGUGGGACAGGCUGUCCACCAAUUGUGCCGUGCCUGGGGCAUCAAUAGCAUUGGCAUUGUCCGCGACCGCCCGGAGAUAUGUGAGCUGAAGCAACAGUUGGAGUGCCUGGGUGCCACGGCGGUGCUAACAGAGGCAGAGGUUCGCACCAGCGACAUCUUCAAAACAGGGAAAGUGAAGCGCCCCAAGCUGGCUUUUAAUUGUGUGGGCGGCAAAAGCGCCACGGAAGUGUCGCGCCAUCUGAAUGACAGCGGCGUUAUGGUUACCUACGGUGGCAUGUCCCGGGAGCCAGUUACGGUGGCUACUGGGCCACUCAUUUUCAAAGAUAUUGCAUUUAGAGGCUUCUGGAUGACGCGCUGGUCCAAGGAGAACUACAAUGCACCCGAACGCAAACAAAUGUUCAAGGAAAUAUUCGAGCUAAUGGAGCAGGGGAAAUUCGUGGCUCCCACCCAUGAGAUGGUGCCCCUGGAUAAGUUCAAGGACGCCGCAGCAGCAGCUCUCAACUUCAAGGGAUUCACCGGCAAGAAGUUCAUCCUAGACAUGAGCAAUUAAUUAGAUUUACUGAGGCUUAGCCUUUCGCUUUAUUGUAUACUACACAUGACCGUAUAUAUGUGGAGAAAAUUUGUUGUCUCUUGUGAUUGAA